AUGUGCAUCGCCCUCGCACUCAGUUCCUUCUCACAAAACACCACACAUCUCAUCCUUACCCAAGGAAUAUUAUACGCUAUCGGUGGUUCCAUCUCCUACUGCCCUUGUCUUCUAUAUCUGGACCAGUGGUUCGCAAGGAGAAAAGGUCUUGCGUAUGGAGUCAUGUGGUCUGGAACCGGUCUCGCAGGCUUCGCUUUACCGCUCAUCUUUGAGAAAUUCCUCCAUGAAUAUGGCUUCCGCACAACGUUGAGAAUAUGGUCUCUUUCGUUGUUUAUCUUGACCUUACCGCUGGCGUACUUUAUCAAACCUCGUCUUCCGCACUCUGCGACCAGACAUAUCAAUCCGCUCAAGCUAGGCUUUGCGCUGCGGAAGAACUUUAUGCUUCAUCAACUUGCGAAUGUUAUUCAAGCACUCGGUUUUUUCCUACCAGGGAUUUAUCUUCCCUCUUAUGCAAGAACUGCCCUGGGCGCUGGAACGUUUCCCUCGGCGCUGACGGUUUUGUUAAUUAAUGUCUCUUCGGUCUUUGGCUGCGUCGUUAUGGGUGCUCUCACAGAUCGUCUACACGUGACGAACUGUUUCAUGAUAUCAGCCAUCGGAACAGCUCUCAGCACAUUUCUUCUCUGGGGCUUCUCUACAAACCUUCCAGUACUAUACUUAUUCUGCAUAACAUAUGGAGUAUUUGCAGGAUCAUAUACAACGGCGUGGACAGGCAUCAUGCACAUGGUUUCCGAGGCCCCCGACAGAAGCAGCACCAGCGGAACAUCAUUUGAUCCAGCAAUGGUACUAGGCGUUCUCUGCGCAGGUCGGGGAGUAGGGAAUAUCGUAUCAGGACCACUGAGCGGUGCGUUAAUUAAGGGUACGCCAUGGCAGGGCCAAGCAGCCGGCGGUUACGGAACGGGAUAUGGUUCGCUGAUUGUAUUUACCGGCGCUACUGCAUUGGCUAGUGGUGCGACAUUUGUCUUUAAGAGGGUUGGAUGGAUGUGA